AUGAAGCUUUUGAAUAAGACCAUUGCCCUUGAGAAGGACAAAAGCGGGUCUCUUUCGUUGGUGCCUCAAGAUAAAGAAGACUUGUGGCAGCUCUACAACCUCAUUCAGAAAGGCGACAAGGUGGAGCUUCUGACGGUGAGGAAUGUCAAGAAGACUGAGGGCUCUAAGGCUGAAAGAAAGCAUAUGCACUUGAGUUUGGCCGUAGAGAGUGUGGAAUAUGAGCCAAGUGACGAGGUUAUGAGGAUUCGAGGGAAAACAACCGAGCAGAAUGAGUUUGUGCCCAACCAGAGUUACCACACUGCUGAGGUGCAGCUAAAUAAGGCGUUGAAGUUGAGUAAGCCUGAGUGGGACGAGAUCAGCUACAAUAUUGUCAUUGAGGCGUCUUCCAUCGAGAAGAAGGCGGAAGUGGGUGCUGUGGUGCUUGAGGAAGGUGUGGCCCAUUUGUGUCUCGUUACUGAUAACAUGACUGUGCUUAGAAAUAAGGUGGAGAAAUCUAUUCCUAGAAAAAGUCGUGGCGACGGAGGCGGCUCUUCGCACGACAAGGCCAUUGGCAAGUUUCUUGAUACGGUUCAGGCCACGCUUUUGAGGAACUUUGACUUGGAGAAGUUGAAGGUGAUCAUUCUUGCUUCUCCUGGUUUCACAGCCUCUGCGCUUCAGCAGGCCAUUUUCGACACAGCCGUAAAAACAGACAACAAGACCAUUCUCAAGAAUAAGUCGAAGUUUUUGGUGGUGCAUUCGUCCACUGGCUACCUUCAGGGUCUUGAGGAGGUGUUGAAGGAUCCUGUAGUGCAGAAGAACCUUACAGACACGAAAUUUGCCAAGGAGGCAGCUGUUUUCGACGAGUUCCAAAGGGUGUUGAAUUUAGAUGACGGCAGAGCCUGGUACGGUCCCCAAGAAGCUACCAAGGCGGUGGAAAUGGGCGCCGUCAAGAGUCUCUUACUCACAGACGCUUUAUUCCGCAGCGACGACAUCGCUGUGAGGAAACACUACAUUGCUCUCAGUGACGAAGUGAAAGCACAAGGCGGAGAAGUGUAUAUAUUUUCCACUCUCCACGAAUCUGGAGAGCAAUUAAACCAGUUGACCGGUGCUGCUGUGUUGCUCAAGUACCCAUUAGAUCUUGACGAGGACGAUGAAGAGGAAGACGUGGAAGUCGAGGACUCAUAG